CUUAAAAGUUUAUUUCCAAGUGCGGGGUCUACACUAACCUUUUGGUUACAAUUUCACACAAGCACCAAACACUUCAAGCCAUAACUGACGUUAACGGCAUGAGGCAUUUUCGUCUUGCUGGACUACUUUUUACAUUUCUGCAACUUUUCUCGUCUGUUAAUGCAGCCAUUUUAGCUAUAGACUAUGGAACACAAUGGACAAAAGCUGCUCUGGUAAAACCUGGAAUCCCGUUAGAGAUGGUUCUAACUCGGGACUCUCGCCGGAAGGAACAAAGUGCAGUAGGUUUCAAGGAAGACACGCGUUUAUUUGGUACGUCCGCUGCAAAUCUGGCCUCUAGAGUGCCAGAGGGAGCCCUCUUGAAUGUUAAAGAGCUUGUUGGCGUCCGAAACAUCUCCGACAGUCUUGUCGAGGAGUACCAGGCUAAGUAUCCUGCUGUAAAAAUCGAGUACACUGAUGCGUCCCCCUCACACAUUGCCUUUAAUGUAGGUGUAAAUCAAACGUAUACUCUGGAAGAAGUUAUUGCUAUGCAAUUUGAGAAUUACAUUGAGUUGGCCGAGGAAAUGGCCAAGGAGAAGAUCUUUGACAUUGUUUUGACGACACCGCCAGAGUAUAGCAAUUUCGAGAGACAAGUAUUGCUGAAUGCUGUACAUCUUUUGAAGAAGCGAGUUGUCGCUACUAUCAACGAUGGUUUGAGUGUUGCCGUUAACUAUGCUCUGUCACAUUCUGUCCCGGAAAGUGAGACGUAUCACAUUAUUUACGACAGUGGUGCUGGUUCAACCAGUGCUUCUCUUAUCGCAUUUGACUCAGUCCCUGAACAAAUUGGUUUCUCCAAGAACACACGCAAUAUUACGCGGGUUCGUGUUCUUUCCUCCGCUGUUGAACAAGUGGGUGGAAAUAUGUUGAACCAACGUCUCGUUGAGCACAUGAUUGAGUAUUUAUUGGAAGAGCGAAAGAUUGAUGUGCGUCACAACCCCCGUUCGUUGGCUAGACUCGCCAAAGAAGCCGUCCGCGUCAAGCACAUUCUUUCUGCCAACAAUGAGGCAGUAGCAUCGGUUGAAGACAUUUUGCCCGGUGUGGAUUUCCGCAUGAAGAUCACUCGCGCUGAAUUUGAAAGUAUGACAGAUGAGCUGAAGAAUACGCUUAUCCAACCUAUUCACAAAGCAAUUGAACUCUCUGGAAAAAAAAUUGCUGAUGUUGCUUCAGUCAUUCUGACUGGUGGAAACUCUCGUGUUCCUUUUGUGCAAGCAGUGUUAGCACAGGAGGUCGGUGCAUCGAAGUUGGCAAAGAGUGUGAACGCUGAUGAAGCUUCCGUAAUGGGUGCGGUCUUCUAUGGUGCUACUAUGAGUAAGCAGUAUCGUGUCAAGCCCACUAUUAUUGAAGAUGUUUCUCCAUCCAGCUUCUCCUACAAGCUUGAUGACGGUCAGGAUACAAUCAUUAUUCCUCCCAUGACCCCUUACGGAAAUGAAUCUAUUAUUUCUUUUGCCGUGAAUCCUUCUAUCAACGACACACUUAUUGAGCUCCUCGAAAAUGGCGAAGCUAUUGCAAACGUUACUAUUUCAUCUAUCUCUGAGGCCGCCAAGAACCUAACUUGUGAGGCCUAUGAAGCCCAAUUGGGCGUUCGUAUUAGCGCUGUUAAUGGUUUACUUAGACCUUUCGAAGCAGCGUUGACUUGUGCAUCCAAGGAAAAACACCAAGGUUUGACACAAAAGAUUAAAAGCAUCCUUUCUGCUGAUGGUAAUUUGGUUGAGAAGGAGGGCGUAUCCCUUUCUUUUAUGACUGAAUUUAACGCUGUACUUACUCCCAAACAACGGAGAGAUGCUAUUAAAAAGUUGACUGAACGCACUGACCUUGAUCGUAAACACGUAGCUCAUGAGAUGGCGUUGAACGAACUUGAAUCAUAUCUCUACCGCGUCCAGUAUCUAGUUGGAGACGCGGACUUUUUAGUUUAUGGCAAAGAUUAUGAAGUUGACGACCUUAAAAACAAGUCUGAAUCAUACUACGAAUGGCUACUGGAUACGGAUUCUGCGGUGGAGACCUCUGAGGUUUUACGUCGUCUUGAAGAGCUUCAAACAAUAGUGAACAAGAUUGCUUAUCGUCAGGGAGAGGCUGAAAAAUUCCCCUCUAGUUUGGAAAAAUUCACAAAGGCACUCCAAAACGCCGAUUCACUUCUUGAAAGUUUUGACACGCCUGAUUAUCCUAUUUCUGAGUACGAUGAAAAUGAUGUAAAGAAAGUUUUCCUUCAACGCAAGAUUUCCCACGAAAGACUGUCCACGAGACGCGAUACCGAAAAGCAAUGGCUGGAGUCUCUUCAAGAACAACACUCUGUCCUUCAAAGUGACGAUGACCCCAUUAUUACUACGAAAGACUUGGAUUCUAAAGCAGAGGCUCUUUCUACUUUGGUUCGUGCUUACCUUCGUAUAGCAUUGACGCAGCCAAAAAAGAAAGCAGUAGUCUCGACUCUUUCUACGAGUCAAACAUCUGUCAUUCCUGACUCCGAGAGCACUCCCGGCUCAAAGUCUGAGACCGACGCCAAUGGUGAUGCUAAUAUUCCUACAAGCACCGUUACGGCAGCUGUUUCGGAAGAAGGUCCUCACGAGACACCGUCUGCUCAGCCUGCUGAUGCUAAUACUGAUGAACUUUAGACGUAUCCUAUGAUUAGUACUUUGAUCCUGAUAAGCGUAUGCGUUCAUUACCAAUUACUUGUAAGAUGUAAAAAAGUUUAAUGACAUUUGAAAAAAAAAAUAAUAUCUUUCAUGUUUCAAUGAGGACUGUAUGGAUUAAUAAAGAUGUAUGUAAAUAAGCAUUAACUUCUUUAAUUACUAGAACAUAAACGUCGUAUCU